UAUAUGAUUACUUUAUGGGUUUUAUGAUGCAAUACAAUUUUGAACCGAACCCGAAGUAUUAUUAUCCGAACCCGACCCAUACUAAUAAAAUUUUAGUAUGGGACCUAGAAGCGUAAACCCGAAAAUCCAAAAACCCGAAAAACCCGACCCGAAUGCCAACGGGUACCCGAAUGCCCAGGUCUAGUAACUACUAAACCAAAAAAUAGAAAAAUAUAUACACCUAUUAAGCAUGGAAAAUACACAUUAUAAGUUGCAAAAAAAUGUACACAUAGUAAAUCAAAAAUGAAAAGGAGCUUUAUUCUUUGACCAAAAAAAAGGAGCUUUGUUCUUCUUGUUCACCUGAGGGAGCACUUCGUGCCGUUUUGGUUACAUCCACUGACGUUCUGUUGUUUUAUUUCUCACUAAAUGGCAUGGCCCCUAUUUUUUUUACUUCUCCUCGCAGUCACUAGCUCGAUCUUUAUAUAUAGACAUAAUAAGUUGUAAUUCUACCAAGGAGUCAAAGAGAAAAAGAAAAAAAAUUGUAGCCAUUCCCAUUCAUCAAAGUUAUGAAAAAGUGAGAGUAUCUAUACAAAAUAUAUAAUGGGGAUAAAGAUAGCAAGUAAGGCGCAGACAGAAAAAGUGGCUGCACCACUGAAGCAGAUGCUGAAGAGAUGCUCAAGCUUACUGAAGAAGGGCAAAGAAGAGGUGACUAGGAAGGGACAUUUCGCUGUCUACGUGGGGCAAUCCAGAUCUCGUCACGUCAUCCCCAUCACACUCCUCAAUCAUCCAAUCUUCCAGAUGAUGCUGCAUGAAGCGGAGAAAGAGUUUGGGUUUAGGCAAGAGAGAGGCAUCACCAUUCCUUUCGACCAAAAUAUAUUUCUCUUGGACAUCAUAUCAAAUCUCACUAGCUAGUUCAUAGUUUGAGUUUCCUCCCAUUAUAAGCGGAAUAGUUACUACGGAUGCACAACCCUCUUUUUUUCUCAUGGACAUCCGUGGGUUCCACGUUACUCCACAUGUGUGUCUGUCUCUAUAAACAUAUGGAUGAUCGAUGAUCAUGAUUGAAGCUAACCUGGUCUCUUCAACACUCAUAUAUCAACAGCUCAUUACAAGAUAUUUCAGCAUUAAUUUAUUGAUGACUGUUCUUGUUGUGAUACAAAUAUCGUAAAUGUUGCGGUUAAACUUAAAUUUUGUUUUACUCUUUACAUUUUCUAGCCAUAACAUGUAAACGAUAAAGAUUUAUCGCCCUCCGUAGACGUUUUCAUUCGUCUCGCCAUAUGAAAUGAGAGAGCUGCUAUCAAAUUGUUGCUUCGUGUGUUGAGAAAAAAAUGCCAUAAUAUAGCCCACAUUUUAAUUGUAAAAUAAGACAUGAUUUAUUUAUUUAGAUUUAUAUUAUAUGUUUGAGUUUUUUUUUUUCACUUGAAAAGUGUUAUUGUUCAUAUUUGCAUUGUCUGAAGCUUGGUUAUCAUAAUAAUACAGAUAAUAUUUGUCAAUAUAUAUACCGGAUUGUGUAAGUUUUUUAAAUGAUUUUGUUGGUUUUCAUUAAUGUUUUUAAGGCUUAGUUUUCAUUAGCCUUAUUUUGCAUGUUUUGAUAUAUAUUAAAGUUUUUUUUAUUACAAAAGAAAGUUAUGACGAAAACCACAAUAGAUAGGUCGCGUUAAAGGCACGGCACUACAUGAUGCCCGCCCACAGUUUUAAAUUGUGAAGUUUACAUUUUAUUUUCAGUUGUUAUAGUAUUAUCUUAGGAUCAAAUAUUGUUGUAAUUUUUUUUUGUUCAACUUAUUGUUGUAAA